GUCACGUGGUUAAAAACGGUCAACUCUUGACUUCAAGUUCAUUGGCCUCAGACCACGAGCUACUUAUGUUUCGCGCCAACUCCAGAGUGCAAUGCUAUUUUUGCCACUCCUCCAUAGAAUCUCCUCGUAACGCAAGUAAUUUUCGCUGCAGCUCUUGCGGUUGCUGGAACCGAUACGAUGCAAAUGGCGAAAUUCUAUCAUACGAGCCUGCCAUGCACGAUGAGGCGCUCAACUCUAGAUCCUUUUCCAAACGGGCUUCCCCCAGCAAGAACAGUCUCCCAACAAUGUUCGGAAAAGGUCCAUUUUGUCACACAUGCCAAACGAACCAGAUGCUUAUCGUAAAUUUACUGUCAAACUAUUUGCCGGAACCCACGGAUUCUAGUUACCAACGACGUCUUGAUGAUUUACCUGCAUAUCAGGAAUCUCUCUACUUACGGUAUCCACCUGUAUGUGGAUCCUGCCUACCUGCUGUUGAAGAUGAGAUACAGCGCAAGAACAGUAUGGCCCGUUCGCAAGCUCUGGGAGGCUGGCUAAAGCAGACCAAAGGGAAAGAACGACAACGCAGGGUAUCUGGGACGAAGCCAGACAAGAGUAGGAUGGCAAAAGAGAUUGCGAUAUGGAGAACACGCGGUGUUUUGUGGGCCCUGACUCUUGUUCUUUUUAUGAUGGGAAAUUGCGUUGCCGUUCUCGGGUAUUCUAUAAUAUUCUGUCCGCGAGUCCUGACACCGGCAUUACCGUUUUUUGUCUUCUUGUCGUUAUUAUGGACGGCGUGGGAUCCUACCUAUUCGUCAUUCCGGAAAGCUCAAAUUCAACGGCGUGACGUGCGUCUGCAAGGCAAGAAGGAGUACCUUGUCCUUCAAAUGCUUUCAUGGUCAUCGCGACUUGUCACAUCAUUACUCCUAGCUGCUCAUUGGCACUCUCCUCAUCUAAAUUAUCUACGUCUCUCAUCGACGCCUUCAUCAUUUGCAAGGCUCUAUUUUGGUAUAUCCUUAAUAUUGGAAAUAAUCGUAUCGAUACGAUCUCUCAGCGUUCUCCGUAUCCAAACGCCUCCCACCAUCCGUUUGAUCGACACAGAAAGCCACAAGAUUGGUUUUUCACGUGCAACCACGCCUAACGUCGACCUCAAUGACCGCAACCGCUCCUCCACGCCUGCACCGUCACAACUAUUCGCCUCCGAACCAGGCCUAUUUGCUUCUUUAACUCUUUCCUCAAAGCCCGUCGUGAAUGCCCCCGUAUUCGGCCACCCGUCUUUGGGGGUUUCUUCGAAACCCUCACCCUCAAAUGCCGACGAUCAAAUGGACUGGUCGCCUACUGACGAAACUUCCCGAAAUUCCAAAGACUCGGGAUUUUCGUUGCGCCCACAACGGUUCUUCGCUCCAGAGCAACCGACAGGCUUAGAAACUCUUUUCGAAAAGACAAAACUCAUAGAUGACGUUACCAUGUCGGAUUCUACAAAUGAAAAGAAAGGGAAAGACGCUGGUUCGUUGCACAUGCAACAGUGGUGGUGGCUGUACAUAGGCGUGCUUGUAUUGGUUUUGGGGGUAGGAUUGUAUUCGUUGAUUCAUAGUGACCACAAGGGCGCACCAUCUGUCAGUGUAGACAGUAGUCAUCGGACAGACACUCUGAAUACUGGUGUUUUCCGGCACAUUAUACAUUCGGAGGAUGGCAGCGGUACUACUAGUAGAACGAUACCAUGA